GGCUAGCUAUCGGAGCAAAUUCAGCUGUCGACGCUCCAAACGUGUUGUUUUGUUACGGCAGACAUUUGUAGGAGCUGUUAGCCCGUUAGCUAGCCUGCGCGUUAGCUUCCCACCGAGCCGGAGGAAAAGUGCACUUUUGAUUUCUUUUUUUUUUACCGAAGGAUCAUCGCACAGCUGUGGCACAAUGACGUCAAGGAAGAAAGUACUACUCAAAGUCAUCAUCCUCGGAGACUCUGGAGUUGGGAAGACCUCAUUGAUGAACCAGUAUGUGAAUAAGAAGUUCAGCAACCAAUACAAAGCCACAAUAGGUGCUGAUUUCCUGACGAAAGAAGUCAUGGUGGAUGACAGACUUGUCACAAUGCAGAUUUGGGACACAGCUGGUCAGGAGAGAUUCCAGUCCUUAGGAGUAGCGUUCUACCGUGGAGCGGACUGCUGCGUCCUGGUGUUUGAUGUGACUGCACCCAACACCUUCAAGACCCUAGAUAGCUGGAGGGACGAGUUCUUGAUCCAGGCCAGCCCACGAGACCCCGAGAACUUUCCCUUUGUGGUGCUGGGAAACAAGAUCGACUUGGAGAACAGACAGGUAACAACCAAGCGAGCACAGGCUUGGUGUCAGAGCAAGAACAACAUCCCAUAUUUCGAAACCAGCGCAAAGGAGGCGAUCAACGUCGAGCAGGCCUUCCAGACUAUUGCACGCAAUGCUCUUAAACAGGAGACCGAAGUGGAGUUGUACAACGAGUUCCCUGAGCCAAUAAAGCUGGACAGGAACGAGCGAGCCAAGCCGUCAGCCGAGACCUGCAGCUGCUGAGGACUCUGAGGAUCUUCGGGGGGUUGUCAUUGCCCUCACUACCCUGUCUUGCCUUGUCUAUAUAUCCCCUUUCCCAUAGCCCACUGUGUUAUUCCCUGAUGCCCAAAAUACAAGCAGCAUCCCACUCAUAGAGUAUACUACACACACAAACAUGCUGCACUCACCUCCUUAUGUAUACAAAAUACACAUUUUCUAUAAAAAUACGAGUCUCCUAGCCCAAAGAACACCUGAAGGAAACAUUACGGCAUUUACUUGUACGAUGCAGAUUACUUCCCAGUGUUUCCCCCUCAUACUUUUUCAUGGCGGUGGUGGUUUGGGCUAUUCCCGUUUUUGGUUCCAUGUAUAUUGCUGCUUUCAUGCCCAGUUUUGGUUAUCACUGCUUUCAUUUGGAUACUUUAAGUGGCAAAUUGAAGCAUUACUUACAUAUUUGUGUUUAUGACUUAAGUUAGACAAAUAUAAUGUGUUGCUGUUUUUUUGUUUUGUUUUUUUUUAAAUCAGAUUUUCAGUAGCGGUGGUGGUGGUGAAGGUCUUCUUACUUUGACAGCCCACCACUGCUGCAUGAAUAGAGGAAACACUGCUUCCCCCAUUUUACUCAUUUGUGUUGUGGCUUAAAUUAGUUUCACUCUCAAAAACACUUGUUAACAUGGUUUCACUUUACCUCAAAAAAAAAAAAUCUUUACAAAAGUAAAUUGUGAUACUCAAACAGGGGGUCUUGUGUGAGGGUGCACGUGUGGAUCACAUAAAUAUGCUGCCUGCGGAUUCUUGUUAAUUGGCGUAAAAUUAAGAAUCCAGUUCAAUGACAAGUCCAUCAGACAAGUGUGUACAGAUGAUUUUUCUUUUUUUUUUUGCACUUUGCUGUCAUCCUCAGUAACUGAAGACUUGCUGAGACAUCUCAUUUUGGAGCCACAUAAAAAUGUAAUUGUAGCUCAGGUUGAGAACAUGGUGGGAAUACACACUCAGAUCCUUGAUUAAGUGCUGUUCCUCUUCUGGGGAGAUGACGGUUCAUCUUGUAAUCUAGUAUCCUCGACACGUUUGACAUGGGAAUGAACCAAAUCAAGACAGCAUGUCAAUCUACCUGAUAGGCCUGGAGAGGAGAUCUUUUUCUCAAGUAUAAAUAUCAUUCAUAACUGAGUACUAUUAGCUAGUACAUUUCUUUUUACUGUCAACUAUUGCAAGACUUUGUAUAUUUGCAAACCUCUCAUUGUGUGGAGAAGGCAAAAACUUGUGUUGUAAAUCUCCAUAUCUGACUCUGCCAGUUGCUCGUGUUGGCAAACAAUUUAAGUGCUUGACAUUUCUUUUAACCAAUCAGAUCUUUAACUGUCUGUUCGUAUUCUGUUAAAACUUGGAAAUGCAUUAUAGAUUACAAGAUAGCAUACAUACUGUAACUCUGAAGGACAAAAAAAAUGUGGGGGAAGUAUUGGCAUUCAUCAUUAUUAUAUUAUUAAUAUGAUAAAUGCAUAGCAUCUACAUUGUUUAAAAAUGUCUUUGCGUUUCAAGUAAUAAGGGUAAUAAAAAUCUUGAAUCAAG